AAUCGCGGAAGGGGCGGGACGGAGCGCGCUUCCGUUGGUCGCGCUCUAAGGAAGGUGAGUUCGCGGGUUCGAAUCCCGCCUGGAGGCGAGCGAGGCUGGGUUGGGCUGCCCAGGAGGAAGAAUGGAGGAGCUGAGCCAGGCUUUGGCCUGCAACUUUGUCGUCUCGCAGGACCUCAACAGCCCCGCGGCUCCACACCCGCGCCUGGCCCAGUACAAGCCCAAGUACAGCUCUCUGGAGCAGGGCGAGAGACGCCGGCGGCUGCUGGAGUUUCAGAAGAUUAAGCGGCUGGACUAUAUAAAUCAUGCCAGAAGGCUGGCGGAGGAUGAUUGGACCUACACAGAGGAGGAGGAGGAGGAAGAGGAGAAGGGAGAGACGGAGAAGGAGGGAGAGACAUCCAAGGCUGAUAGAGAUCAUGAAGACAUGGAGCUAGACAUUGUGAAGAAGCUACCCAAGCGAUAUGCCAACCAGCUGAUGCUCUCUGAGUGGCUGAUUGAUGUCCCCCCAGAUCUGGAUCAGGAGUGGCUCUUCGUGGUGUGUCCAACGGGGAAGAGGGCUCUUGUGGUGGCCUCCAGGGGCACCACAGCAACGUACACCAAAAGCGGUUUCUGCGUCAAUCGGUUCCCUUCUCUUUUACCUGGUGGGAACCGGCUGAAUUCGGCCACAGGGAAAGAAUACACCAUCCUGGACUGCAUCUACAAUGAGGUCCAGCAGACGUACUACGUCCUUGACGUGAUGUGCUGGCGUGGACACCCUGUUUACGACUGCCAGACAGAUUUCAGAUUCUACUGGCUACAUUCCAAAAUGGAAGAGGAGACGGACUUGUCGGAGAAAAGCCGACUUAACCCAUAUAGGUUUGUGGGCCUCAAGAGCUACUCCUGCAGUUCAGCCAACCUGUGUGAGGUUCUGGCCAUGACAUUCCCCUUCGAGGUAGAUGGGAUCCUUUUCUACCACAAGCAAGCGCACUACAACCCCGGCAGCACUCCGCUGGUGGGUUGGCUUCGCCCUUACAUGGUGUCCGACAUCUUGGGCAUCGUGGUGCCCAGCUGCCCGCUCACCUCCAAGCCCGGCUACGCAGGGGAGCAGCUGCAGCAAAUCAUCGAGCACAAGAGGAAUAAAAACCAGCAGCCGGGCGCGGCUGACAAUCCCACCUCGCCAGACGGGCGUUACGAACUGGAGCAUUUGUCCACUCCCCGAGUGGAGGCAUCUCAGCCCGUCUCACCCGACAUGGAGUGCCAGAUGGGCAACUGAUCGGAGACUAGAAAGUGACCAGGAUCGGUCAAGAAUAUUCUCCGUCAGCCCAGAUAGGACACCCCCCCCAUAAUACCGUGUUUCCCUGAAAAUAAGACCCUGUCUUAUAUUUUUUUUGAACCCCGAAAUAAGCACUUGGCCUUAUUUUCAGGGAGGUCUUAUUAUUUUGGGGCGCGUGGUGCAAGACGGGGCUCCUCUUGCCGUCUUACCUGAUAUCCAGCUCGUGUCUCCCUAACCAGAGGAAAUAGUGGGGACUAGCUGUACAUGCAUUUAAAUAUUUUCGGCGAGGGCUUAUUUUCGGGGAGGUCUACACGGUAUAUACAUCGUCAACAUCUGGGUGGAAAAACCUUUAACGCAGUAUUUUCGUUCAGAGGGUUUUUGGCUUUUGUCCUGCGUUAGAGAGGCUGCCACUUGCUUAAAUGAGAGUCAGAUCCAUCCAUGUGAGUUUUUGAACGAAUUGGGAGAGACAAGCUAGUUCGAACCUGGGUUCAAAUUCUCACAGGUCACACACACACACACACAUCUUGGAUUGCAGGGCAUUUUGCCACACUCAUCAAGGCCGUUGGGCUUCACCGGUAUACCGGAUCCCAUGUUUGAAAAAAAGAUGUGAAGUUUCAAAAAAAAACCCACACAGACAAAAGACACGGAUUGGGCCAUUAAGCACUGCAGGAGAAGUUACUUUUCAGUCUAGAGUCAAUGGCGAUCAAGUCCAUUUCAGUGCAGGGCAAAAAGUCAAAAAAAAGUCAAGAUGGCGGCCACAGGGUGGUGAUUUAUAGUGGGCGGAGUUUCGCUCACACCCUGUAGCCGCCAUCUUGACUUUUUUGACCAUACCUUGCUGUCAUCGCUGCACAGAUUGGAUGUUAGGGGAGAGCGCUGCUCUAUGCACUCCUCACGUAAAAGGGAAGAAAACCCAGAAUAGAUAAAAGGCACCGUUCACAUGCUGAAGCCUUUGGGCUUCCCUCUUAAUUCUGCCACAUUUGUGGUGUUGGGAAUUUGCACUUUUGAGAUUCACCAAAUAAAGAACUUCUGAAAGA